AUGACAAGAAGAAAAGGCAAAGCUGUUGUUCAAGGAUCACCAAAAGAGAGCACUCAAGUGAACAACCCUGCCAAAGACACUGUCAGGAAGAAGAGUACUUCUGCAGGUCCUGUUAAGAGCAAAGCUGUUACCAAGAGUAAAGGGGUUGGUCCUUCAAAAUCUUGGAGCAGGGUCAUUCCAAAGAAAAGAAAAGAGCGGGAAAUUGUUGAACCUGAAUCUGAUGUUGAAGUAAAUGUCCCUGACAUUCCAUCAAGGAAGAAGCCUACAACUAGUAAACUUGCUGCUAGAAUCCCUAAAGUUCCCAUUGAUAAUGUGUCAUUCCAUUAUGCCUCUAGUGUCAGCACAUGGAAAUAUAUUCUCCAAAAGAGAUUGGCUGUUGAAAGGGAAUUGGCUCCAAAUGCUCUUGAAAACAAGGAGGUCUUAGAGCUGAUUCAAGAAGCUGGACUGCUAAAAACUGUGUGCAAUCUUCCCAAAUGUUAUGAGAAGCUGGUCAAAGAAUUUGUGGUAAACCUAUCUCAAGAUUGUGGCAAUAGUAGAAGUGCAGACUACAGAAAGGUGUUUGUAAGAGGUAAGUGUGUAUCGUUCUCUCCUUCUGUGAUUAAUAAAUUCUUGGGAAGAACAGAUGAAGCUCAAACCGAGCUGGAAGUAACAGACAACCAAGUCUGUCAAAUGAUCACAGCCAAGCAGGUAAAAAGCUGGCCCAUGAAAGAGAAGCUAACUGCAAGUAAGCUGAGCAUCAAGUAUGCAAUGCUUCAAAAAAUAGGAGCAGCUAAUUGGGUUCCAACAAAUCAUAAGUCCACUAUCUCAACUGUGCUUGGUAGAUUUCUGUAUGCUGUAGGAACAAAGGCAAAGUUUGAUUAUGGAGCAUAUAUUUUUGACUAA